AUGCUCCUUUUUUCUCGUAAUGAGACAACUUUUCGCACAAGGAGCGCGAGCCGCUAGACAAGUCCGCUCCCGGGGCGGCCAGCGCGCGCUUGCCUGCGUUUCUACACUCUUUGGAGAGAUGCGCGAUUCCAGAGAACGGCUAAACCAUUCCAGCACCGCCGCCGCCGGAGACCUCCAGCUCGCUCUCGGCUCUCCGCGGAAAGAGCUGUAACUGUAACCUGAAUCUUUGUUUAGGUUUUGGUUGGGGAGCGAGAAUUUAAAAGCCAAGGCAAAUGCAGAGAGCAGUUUUUUUUUUUUUUUUAAAUCAAAUUAACAGGCCAUCCCAAGAUUGUUUUUUUUUUUUUUUCUUCCUUUUUCUCCCCUUUAAUACCGAAGCUGGAGUAAGCUGGCUUGCCCUGAUAAAGAUCUGAACAUGUAGAGAAGGCGGGUUUUCUUUAAGGAGGUGAGGCGAUUCUUGCAAGGAAACUUUUCCCACACACCCCUCCCUCUGUGGAAGGUUCCACCCUCUGGAAAACAAAACUUUUUUUUUUUUUUUCCCCUUUUCCUGGAGGGACAGAUCUCAGUGAAGUUGGGAAAGGAGUUUUAAGAACAGACGGUCAGAGGGUGGUGACGGCUGCUGUGGCCUCUCCGGACCCAGACCUGCUUGUGCUUCUCCUGUCUUUCGCCUUAGCUUUUAUUAGCGCUUUGGGGCGGGGAGGGGUCGAUCCGCAACGCACGGCAGCCUGCGCCCCGCCGGAGCUGGAAUGUGACAAGCAGCUCCAGCAGUGCCAUGUAUUGGAAGAGCGACCCGAUGUUUGUGUGUAAACUAGAAGCAAAGGACGUGCCGGGGCUGGCCGUUCCUCCCGAGAAGCUCACUUAACCUGAGGCAUGGAGACUGUAAUUUGGGAGAAGAAGCCUCGAGCCUAAGGCGCUCUCAGGUCCAUUGCCCGAGGCUGAUGUCGGAGGAGUGCGGGCGGCCUGCAGCCCUGGCGGCCGGGAGGACUCGCAAAGGCGCCGGGGAGGAAGCACUGGUGAGCCCCGAGGGAGCGGGAGACGAGGACUCGAGCUCCUCCUCGGCCCCGCUGUCCCCGUCGUCCUCGCCGCAGUCCAUGGCCUCGGGCUCCGGCUGUCCGCCUGGCAAGUGUGUAUGCAGCAGCUGCGGCCUGGAGAUCGUGGACAAAUACCUGCUCAAGGUGAAUGACCUGUGCUGGCAUGUCCGUUGCCUCUCCUGCAGUGUCUGCAGAACCUCGCUAGGAAGGCACACCAGCUGUUACAUUAAAGACAAAGACAUUUUCUGCAAACUCGAUUAUUUCAGAAGGUAUGGAACUCGCUGCUCUCGAUGCGGCAGGCACAUCCACUCUACUGACUGGGUCCGGAGGGCUAAAGGAAACGUCUAUCACUUGGCGUGUUUCGCCUGCUUUUCUUGCAAAAGGCAGCUUUCCACAGGAGAGGAGUUUGCGUUGGUGGAAGAGAAAGUCCUCUGCAGAGUGCAUUAUGACUGCAUGCUUGAUAAUUUAAAAAGAGAAGUGGAAAAUGGUAAUGGGAUUAGUGUGGAAGGCGCCCUCCUCACAGAGCAAGAUGUUAAUCAUCCAAAACCAGCAAAAAGAGCUCGGACCAGCUUUACAGCAGAUCAGCUCCAGGUUAUGCAAGCACAAUUUGCUCAGGACAACAACCCAGAUGCACAGACGCUCCAGAAACUGGCAGAAAGGACAGGCUUGAGCAGACGUGUGAUACAGGUGUGGUUUCAGAACUGUAGAGCCCGCCACAAGAAGCACGUCAGUCCCAAUCACUCGUCCUCUGCCCCGGUCACAGCAGUCCCACCCUCCAGGCUGUCUCCACCCAUGCUGGAAGAGAUGGCCUACUCUGCCUACGUGCCCCAGGACGGGAUGCUGACCGCACUGCAUAGUUACAUGGAUGCUCAUUCACCAACAACUCUUGGACUCCAGCCCUUGUUACCCCAUUCAAUGACACAACUGCCAAUAAGUCAUACCUAAUUCCUUCUUUCAGGGAUAGAAAUGAUUAAGCUUCUAGACUUGUCAUUUAUUAUGUAUAAAAUACCAUUGAAAAGAUAGUAAUGUUAAUUUUUUUAUUUAACACCCAAAGCAUUUCCAGCAUCACUUUGCUGCCCAGGUAUGUAUCUAUAGUUGGCCUGCAAGACACUUUUAUUGAUUCUUCCCUUUUUUUUUUUUUUUUUUUUGGUAAAACUUAUGUUUACAAGAAGAAAACAAAUCAAAACAUUUUUUUUUUUUGUAUUGUCUGGAAAUAGUUCACUCUAGUGUAUAUCUGUUAAUUUAUUUGUCAUCAAAAGAGCACUUUGCCUAAAAGAAAGGACUGACAAGUGUGCAAAAUGUUUACAAUCUUUUGUGAAAUUGUAGUUUAUCAUUAGUUUGUAUCUGUAAGUUAUUGUUAUAAAUAUUACAUGUAUUUUUUGUUAUAUGCAACUUUAUACUUUGAAGCUUGUAUCUGUGAAUUUACAACUGAAAUUUAUUUUGCAAUGUUUUCUGAAUGAACUGAAUAAAGCUUUUGUUGUAGCAUGCCAUGCAAACACAUUGUCGUGUUUGUGGUUGAUGAAUUACAGCUGUAAAUAACACUAUCGUUUAACAAGCCCACCAUUCUAAGUUUAUUAAACAUUUUCCAUUCUUGUGAAA